AUGGGAGCACGCAGAAAGAAGAACAGGACACAUCUCAAAGGCGGAGACAGGGGAGAGGAUGAUGAUAGUGCGCCAAAGUCUUUCGUGAUCAAGUCUGGGAGUGUGACCAAGUCGGUCUCUCAGCUCGUGAGAGAUGUUAGGCAGGUCAUGGAGCCAAACACGGCCACUCGUCUUCGGGAACGCCCGAAUGCUCGGCUCCGAGACUAUCUCACCAUCGCCCCUACUCUCGGCGUCACGCAUCUCCUCGCCUUCACUCUGACAGAAGCGGCAAAUGUCCACCUGAGGAUGGCUCGUAUGCCGCAGGGCCCUACCUUGACAUUCCGUGUCAACCGGUACUCUCUGAUGAAGGACCUCGUCAACUCAUCAUUGAAGAACAUUGGUAAAGCUCCAGGCACAGAGUACCGGAAUCCGCCAUUGCUUGUCCUGAACAAUUUCACCCAGCAACCCGGGGCGAAGCCUCUUCCUCAGCUCAAGCUGAUGAGUACCAUGUUCCAGGGUCUCUUCCCUGCCAUCUCUGUCGAGCGCUCCGCCCUCCCCAGCUUCCGCCGCGUCCUCCUCAUCUCCUACAACCCAACCACCAACCUCAUUUCCAUCCGCCACUACACAAUCACUGUGCGCGCUCACGGCGUCUCUCGCCGGGUCCGCAAACUCCUCACUUCCUCUUCUGUCUCAGCGCGAAUUCCAAACUUGUCAUCGAAGGACGAUAUCGCAGAUUAUCUCCUUCGGCGCGUGGGUACUCCCGGGUCGGAGACGACGGAAACUACCGCGUCUACGUCGGGCUAUGAGAGUGCGGGGGAUACGGACGGGAGCGAGGCAGAGAGCGAUACGAAUGCGGUGGAAUUGCCGGAUGAUUAUGGGCGGGGAAAUAAAAAGGGGGAUCGGAAGGCGGUGAGGCUGGUGGAGAUUGGGCCGAGGAUGGAGUUGAGGUUGAUCAAGGUCGUGGAGGGGCUGGUGGGGAGUAAGAAGGGCGAGGGGGAGACGGUAUUCCAUGAGUUUGAACAAAAGUCAAAGACCCAGGCCAACGAUAUGAAGAGGAAGCACGAUGAGCGUCGCGCCCUCAAAGACGCUCGGCGGGCCGAGCAAGCCGCCAACGUUGCGCGUAAAAAGGCAGAGAAGGAGAAGGCGUCGAAGAAGGCUGGAGGCGGAGACGACGACGACGACGAUGACGAGGAAGAAGAGGAAGGGGACGAUGUGGACCUAUCCGGCCUGUCAGAUGUCGAUGUGGACCCGGACGAGGUCUUGCAACGGAGGAGAGAGAUCAAAGCUGCGAAGGCGGCGGGUGGGGACCAGGGGGAUGAGGAGGAAGAUGAGGAUGAUGAGUUUGCGUAUGAGGAUGCAGGAAUGGAGGAUGAGGACGACGAUGAUGAGGGAGAUUGGGAUGCGGAUGUGGGCGCUGGAGAGGUCAGCGAGGAGGAGGAAGAGGAGAGUGAGGAUGAGGCACCACCUCGGCCGGCAAAGAAGAAG